GUCCCGAGACGCAUAUCAGGGCCUGUGAAUGGCUUGACAUCAUCUCACAUCGUCCGAAAGCCAAUGGCUCCAGGCUGGACAAGUACCGUCAGAAGUAUGAGGCUCACAAGUCCCAUGCAGACAUUGCUGACGCCGGCCUGCCUGGGGUUGCUUUGGUCCUCUUGACAUUUUCUGCCCUUGUCACCGUGUGUCAGUGCAGAGUCCUCCGAAAACGUCUUUGCGAGUACUUGAAGUUCAAGAACCUUCCUACAAAGCCUUUCCGUGUCCUUUCUCCUGAUGAUUCUUGUGCCGGCCCUCUUCGUCAAGUUUUGGUGGCUGCCAUCAACCGAAAUACUGCUUGGAACCAGGCAGAGAAGCAGUGGCUUCGCUCGCAGAUUCGUGUUCAACCCGGCCGUGUGGAGACUUUCAAAAGUAAGUGGAACCAUGUUGCUACGGCGCGAAAUACAAGCACAAACACCGUCAUGCAUACGUCGGAAGAGUUCCAGCUGUCGGUCCUGGACGGAACUGCUUUGCAUAAGCUUGAAAAGAAUUGGGAUGUGCAGUAUCGUCCCAACGUCGCGGAGAAGGUUACAUGGACCAUCAAGGCUGCUGACGAGGCCUGGACAAACGCUGGCUGCCAACAUUUUCCAAGCCGUGCCCUUCGGGAGGAAGUGUGUCGAUCAGUUCAGAAGUCUACGCGACUCAGCCGCACAUGCAGGCGCCAAGAAAAAUCUUCAACUGAAUAUCUGGAGCACACCAAGCAGAUGCGGUUCUUCCUCAAGCAUGCCGCCGUCGUGCCUGAUGACAAAGAGAGGACCACAGCGUGGUGUCUCGCACCUGUUGCGUACCAGUUGUUGUGUAUCCUUUUCGUUCUUGUCUCAGACACAUGGUACUUCGUACAGUAUUCAAGACAGUCUGCCAACCAGAUCUUAUUCGAUAGGGUCUCUGGUGUUCUUGGAGCGGCUAUGUGCAAGCGUUUUGGAAUCACUCCUCUCUCGCAGCUUCUACCUUAUGUUUACUGCAGCAUCAAAUCGAAAUGCUUUUGGGCGGGCCACAAGGCUCGUCGUGUUUGUGAACAAAGUGGCCACAGCUGUGUUCGGAAAAUCUGCUCUUAUUGGAAAUGGCCCCGCAGGCGACUUUGGCGCAAGAUUCACAAAGGAAUUGAUCUUUUGAUAAAGCGCUUCAGCCCUGGUGCAGAAACUUGGGGUCUGUCAGAUGCUUCGUCGAGGCUAAAAUCUGGUCUGUCAAAAUUACGACCAGGUGCUCGUCUGUGUGCUUGCCACCGAUGCAACUGUCACAAGGCCCCGCUGACUGUGGUCGUUGCUGACGCCGGGCAGUUCUAUGAAGAAGUUUCACCAGCAGCAGCGUGCAAUGCGGUUACUGGGAUUGUGCUCAAAGCUUCACGGGCAGGUUGGACUCAUGUUGCUGUCCAUCGAAGCUGCAAGAAGCAGUCAUUCUUGUCUACUCGCGUCUCUCCUCCGAUGGGUUCUGGUUUUGUGUGGUUUUCGCUGAGAGAGAUUACCUGCGCGUUCUUCGCUGCCAUGUGCGUUUCGUUAGUAAGUGUGGGCCAUUUGGUCGCGUCCCUCAAAGGCCUGCCUAUUGGGGGACUGCUCUCACGUGCUGCGACCAGCGCUUAUCUGGCCAGUGCCGAGCAGUUCUGGUUUUCAUCCAGUGCUUCAAGACAUCAGGCUGGUUUUCGUUCUGUUUCUGGGUUGUGGAGAAACACAAUGCUACAUUUACGCUACAUUGACGAUGUGAUCCUGGCCUCCAGAGCAUUAUGUAGACAGUGUUUGAUGGAUGUUUUCCCUAUUGUCUACCCCGAGGUGUCCUUCAAGAUUGCCCCAACUGGUAGCUCGCAAACCUGGCUCGACAUGCAGAUUGAUUGCGUGACGGGUGACAUUGCGCCCAAGCCGAGAAAACCUUGCACUCCGCCUCCCUGGGCUACUUCGAAGCAGUACAUACGACCCCUCAUUUUAGGGGCCAUGCUACGUGCCACUGCCGUGUCUACGUCACCUCGUGCUGUUCGAGUGUUCAUGCUUCGUUUUCUGGCAGGGCUACGAGAAGCCGGGUGGAGCAAACGAGUGAUUUGCCACGCUUUGUUUACUGUGCAUCGUGAUCAUCUUUUGCCUUUGUUGCGGUUCCUCCGAAAAGUUGUCCGCAGUGAAGGCUUCCAGAGACUUCUUCGCUGA